AAAGCGCCGCUUCCGAAGGAAGGGGCACCCGCCGGCGCCGCCAGAACAAGCUGUUGCUGACGCUGCUGUCGGAGGAGAUUCGCAUUAAUGGCGAUGGUUGUCGUGGAUUCGAAAGUUUAGGUUGAAUGUGUGUCGAACCAGUCACAAGCGGUUCGGUUUAGCUGUCGCAUUAGGGUUUAUCGGAUAAAACGCCUUCCUUCUCCCAGCGCAAAAAAGCACCGACCGAUCCUUCGUCUUGCCCUCGCCGCUCUGGUUCUUCUACGGUUAUCGGCGCUCGUUCAUCUAAAGGAGGAAACCUGUGGUCAAGCACUAUGCCCAACCUCUUUAGACUGACAGUUACGGGAUAACAGCAGGUGAGCAGCAAGUGUACAGUGGACUAUGAGAGUAAAGAAGCAUAAGUGUCAUCGCAAGGUGGUGCGCUUCUACUAUGCUUGCUUUGGCUUCCGAGAGCCCUAUAAGGUUCUUUGCGAUGGCACUUCAUCCAUCACCUUGUCCUAAAUCGCCUCACCCCUAUUAAUGAUGCCGUCGCUCGUCUCUUUGGAGUUCGAGUUCUCCCCUUCACCACUAGAUGCAUUAUUGGAGAGCUUAGAAGCCUUGGUGAAUCCCAUCACGAGGCCCUUGAAGCUGCUCAGCAGCUCAUGAUGGCGAGAUUGUUGCUAUGCAGAAAGAAGCAUGAGAAGAGGAUUAACACCACGACCUCCAUUGAGUCAGUUGUUGGAGAGCCAAAUUCGGAGCAUUUCUUUGUUGCUACCCAAGAUGCAGAUAUGAGGAAAAGGUUCCAGGAGGCGAUGCAGAUGAAACACUCCUUGGAAGUGCUUGUCCUAAGAAAAGAAUGCUAGGUGUAUCACAGAGAAGUCAAUUUAUACGAAAGAGAGCAAAGGGCCCAAAUCCACUCUCAUUUAAGAAGAAAAAGCCGAAUGAUGAUGCUUCUAUCACGAAGAAUCAGGAUGGUGGCAACACUGCUGGUGCUACGAAGAAGAAACGGAUCAGAAAAAGAAUAACUAAAGGUGCAAACAAGGUAGAUGCUUCUUGUAGCUAAAUUAUCGCGGACGAUGAAACCUAACAAAAAGAGUUUCUGGACAUGAGUAAGAAUAGCAGGAGUUGAGAAGAGGAGUUGGAGUUUACUGUUGAGCUGAUAUCUAAACUACAGUUUCAAUUCUGACUUGUUAGCUGAUAUGUUUCUUUCCCUUGGUGAUUCGGAACUCUGUUCACCUCCUCACUUUCAUUCACAGACAGGUUAGGUUAGCUUCGGAGGGUAGUCUUUUUGAUAGUGUGAAUAUAUUCUAAUGAUUCUGCCUGUGCUUCGACAAACAAAUCAGUUAAAAAUCAAUUGGUCUUUGAUCAAAAGCAAUCUUGGAAGUAUUGCAAGGUCAAGCUGUGGCUGGGGAAGAAGAUGAAGAUUGCAGUAGCUUCGUAUCACAGAGGAUUUGAUCUUCUGAGUCUGGGAGUUGGAGUUUUCAUUGGAUGCUUUAUUGUCUCGCUCACCUUUCUCACCAUGCACAGACCUUACAUGCUUUCUUUUCCAUCUAUGGCUUCUCAGGUGUCAAAACCAGCAGAUGCCUGUUCUUUGAUUUCUCAACGGAUUGAGCCCAACGGCAAGCCGAGGAUUUCUGAUGAACUUUCAAGCAAUGGAGUUGCUUCAGAGGACGACGGCUUCGAGACGCCGAUGUGCGACACGUCGAGCCACCGGUGCGAUCUCUGCGACAUCUACGGCGACGUCAGGAUCGUCUCCGGCGGAGACUCCCCUCCGUCAGUGCUCCGUGUUUCGGCCUCCUCUCAGUCCGCCGGGCGUCGGUCAUGGCAGGUGAAACCGUACGCUCGGAAGUGGGACCGCAGCGUGAUGCGCGGUAUCAAGCCCGUCGACGUCCGCUCCGCUGCCGUUGGUGGCGACGCGCCGCCGUGCGCUGUCUCCCACUCCGUCCCUGCCGUCGUCUUCUCCACGGGAGGCUACGUCGGCAACUACUUUCACGAUUUCGCCGACGUGCUCGUCCCUCUGUUCCAGUCCGCGCGUGAGUUCGACGGCGAGGUCCUCCUCGUCGUCUCCCGCUUGAAUCUGUGGUGGAUGGCCGGAAAGUACGGCCACUACUUCCGCCGGAUCUCCAAGUACGACCCCAUCGACCUCGACAACGACGGGCGCGUGCACUGCUUCAACCGCGCCAUCGUCGGCCUCCGCGCCGACGAGGACCUCACGAUCGACCCGGGGAAGUCGCGAGCGGGGUACACCAUGGCGGACUUCCGCCGCUUCAUGAGCUCCACCUACGGCCUCAACCGCCGCCACGCCGCCAAAAUAACAGAGCAAGCGGAGAAGAAGCCGCCACGGCUGCUCCUGAUCACGCGAUCCAAGAGCAGAAUGUUCAUGAACGCCGGCGACGUCACUCAACUCGCCGAGCAGCUCGGAUUCGAGGUGGUGACGUCGGAGGGCGAGCACGACGUGGCCAAGUUCUCGCGAGUUGUGAACUCCUGCGACGCCAUGGUCGGCGUGCACGGCGCCGGGCUGACCAACAUGGUGUUCCUCCCGGCGAACGCGGUGGUGAUCCAGGUGGUGCCCUUCGGCGGGCACGAGUGGAUCGCCACCACGUACUUCGGGAACCCGGCGAGGGGGAUGGGGCUCAAGUACUUGGAGUACGCCAUUGACGCCGACGAGAGCACGCUGACGGAGCUAUACUCCAGGGACGAUCCGGUGUUCAGGGAUCCGCCGGCGAUCCACAAGCUCGGGUGGGCGAAAAUGGGGGAAAUUUACUUGAAUAAGCAAAAUGUGAGGGUGGAUUUGGGAAGAUUUAGGCCUGUUCUUGAGAAGGCUCUUGAGCUUCUCAGGGAUUAGAGGUCAAUCAGCCAGAUGAACGCAGAGCAAUUAAUUUCCGGAUAAUAGGAGAACGUUUAGUGUUAUUACAAAUAAGGGCUUAUGAGAUUAUAUGCCGCCCUUCGAUUAAAAAUUAAAAAAAAAAUA